AUGGCGAGGAAGCUCAGUGUGUUAGAAAUCCUUCUGAUUGUCUACAUCUUGGUUGUACUGGCUCUGGAUAUCCUCUUGCUACUUCUUGUGUUGGAGAAACCUUCAGAUUCUUCAUUUAUCCCGGAGUGCCCAGCGAUCCCGGACUCGGAAAGGAUAGAUUGUGCUCCUGGCAAGGUGGUGACGGAGGAGAUUUGCACAUGGCAUCAUAAAUGCUGCUGGAAGCGUGGCACGGAUCCCAACACCCCGAACUGCUUCUUUCCCAGGAACUGGGGCUACGAAGUGCAAGGUGGCCCAACAAAGAGAAGCACAGGGUUCACCGCCCAGUUGAAGAGGUCACCAUCCCCAUCUCUAUUCGGAGAUGAUAUUGCCACUGCCCUCUUCACCGCGGAGAGCCAGACGCCCAAGCGUUUUCAUUUCAAGAUAACUGACUUCAAUGAGAUACGCUAUGAAGUCCCUUCUGAAGUGAUCAAUCCGGCCAAUGGGACUGCUGAUAGAGCCACCUUGAGCUACGACGUGGAGGUCACGCAUAAGCCCUUUAGCUUCAGAAUAAUUCGGAAAAGCAACAAGAAAGUAUUGUUGGACACCAGCAUUGGGCCCCUCCUCUUGGCCCAGCAGUACCUGCAGCUGUCUUUCCGUCUGCCCAGCACCAAUGUGUAUGGGCUGGGGGAACAUGUCCACCAGCGGUACCGCCACGACCUGGACUGGAAGACCUGGCCCAUCUUCACGAGGGACACCACCCCCACGGCGGGCAUGAUUAAUCUGUAUGGAGCACACACAUUUUUCUUGUGCCUCGAAGACACCAGCGGGUCCUCUUUUGGAGUUUUUCUGAUGAACAGCAAUGCCAUGGAGAUUGCCCUUCAGCCUGCUCCCGCAAUCACGUACCGCACAAUCGGAGGGGUAUUGGACUUUUAUGUGUUCCUGGGAGACACCCCAGAGCAAGUGGUCCAGGAAUACCUGGAGCUUGUUGGACGACCAUUCUUGCCUGCCUACUGGAGUCUCGGGUUCCAGCUUAGUCGCAGAGAUUAUGGUGGUAUUAACGGAUUGAGAGAGGUUGUAAGCCGAACCCGUAAGGCGGGCAUCCCAUAUGAUGUGCAGUACUCAGACAUGGACCUUAUGGAAGGAAAAAAGGAUUUCACUAUUGACAAUCAAACUUACCCCAACAUCUCAGAUUUUGUCAAGGACUUACAUGAACAUGGACAGAAAUACAUAAUUAUUACGAAUCCUGACAUCUCCAAAUCCUCUGACUAUGAGGCCUAUAACAAGGGAAGCAUGAAGAGAAUAUGGGUGUUGGGAAACAGUGGCUUUGCUGUUGGGGAGGGAUAUCCUGGAGACUCAGUCUUCCCUGACUUCAGCAAUCCAGCUUCUACUGAGUGGUGGGCAGACCAGUUCAAAGAAUUUCAUGACCAGCUGAACUUUGAUGGCGUGUGGAUCGAAAUGGAUGAAGUAUCUACCUUGGCCCAAGGCUCUGAUCACAAGUGUGAAGCAAACAACUUGAACUUCCCUCCUUUUAUCCCCAGCAUUCUGGACCAUUCGCUGUCUACAAGAACACUCUGCAUGGACACAGAGUUUUACUGGGGUCUUCACUAUGAUGUCCACAGCUUGUACGGCUACACCAUGGCGAGAGCCACAGACUCUGCCAUGGGGAAGAUCUUCUCCAAUAAAAGAAGCUUCAUCUUAUCCCGGUCUACUUUUGCUGGCUCUGGCAGGUUUGCUGGUCACUGGUUAGGGGACAAUGUGGCCACCUGGGAUGACCUCCGAUGGUCUAUUCCCAGUAUCCUGGAGUUCAACCUGUUUGGCAUCCCAAUGGUUGGCGCCAACAUCUGUGGUUAUACAAAUAAUGUGACAGAAAUACUCUGUACAAGGUGGAUGCAGCUUGGAGCAUUUUAUCCACUAUCAAGGAACCACAAUGGGCCAGAGUACAUGGAUCAGGACCCCGCUGCCUUUGGUGAUGACUCGCUGUUGUUGAACUCGUCCAUACAUUAUCUGAACAUCCGCUACUCCCUCCUGCCCUACCUCUACACCCUCUUCUACCGUGCUCACACUCGGGGGGACACCGUAGCAAGGCCCCUGGUGCAUGAGUUCUACCAGGACCCAGCCACGUGGGACAUACACGAGCAGUUCUUAUGGGGGUCUGGACUUCUCAUCACCCCAGUUCUGUAUGAAGGCAUUGACCUAGUGAAAGCAUACAUCCCAGAUGCAAUCUGGUAUAAUUAUGAGACAGGAGAAGCCAUCCAAUGGAGGAAGCAAUUUGUGGAUAUGAAGUUUCCUGGUGAUAGGAUAGGGCUUCACCUUCGAGGGGGCUGCAUAUUUCCUACCCAGGAGCCAAAUACAACCACAGACACCAGCCGGAAGAAUUCCCUGGGACUCAUUGUUGCCUUGGAUUAUAAGAGAGAAGCAAAGGGGGAGCUGUACUGGGAUGAUGGCGUGUCUAAAGAUGCUGUAACUGGAAAGAAUUACAUCCUGUAUGAUUUCUCCGUGGCGUCUAACCGCCUGCAGGCAAAGAUUAUAUAUAAUAAUUACACGGACCCUGACAAUUUGAUGUUCACCAAUAUCAGAAUCUUGGGGAUGGAUAAAGAACCAUUUGAUCUUACUGUUGUAGUUAAUAAUGCUGCCACAUCUAUUUCAAGUGUUGUAUACAGCUCUUCAAAAAAGGUGGUGACCAUCACUGAGCUCCAGGGACUGGCCCUGGGACAAGAAUUCUCUGUGGAGUGGAAGUUUCUCGUCAGUGACCUGGAGAAGUUCAACUGCUACCCUGAGGAUGCUGCAGUGACCGAGGAGAGGUGCCGGCAGCAAGGCUGCCUCUGGGAGCACACGGCAGAUCCAGGUGUGCCCAGCUGUUACUAUGACACCAUCCCGGCCUAUGCUGCCAGCAACCUUCAGUACCUAUCCACGGGCGUCACCAUGGACCUCACCCUCUCCGAAAUGCCUGAAUCUGGGAGAGCAACAGCCCCACCGACACAGCCAGCAGCCGCCGCCACGCGUGUCUCCGAUUCUCUUUCUGGAAAGAUCAGCAGCCUUCAACUGAACGUGAUCUAUCAUACAGAAACCAUGCUUCAGGUCAAGAUAUACGAUCCCACUACUAAAAGAUACGAGGUCCCCAUACCUCUGAAUAUCCCUCCUUCCCCGAUCAGCGUCUCUGAAAACUGCCUGUACGAUGUCAGGGUUCAGAUCAAUCCUUUUGGAGUCCAGAUCCGACGAAAAAGCUCCAACACUGUAAUUUGGGACUCUCCGCUUCCUGGCUUCACCUUCAACGACAUGUUCCUUUCCAUCUCCACUCGCCUCCCCUCUCAGUACAUCUACGGCUUUGGGGAAACAGAGCACAUGGCCUUCAGAAGAAAUAUGAGCUGGAACACAUGGGGAAUGUUUGCUCGUGAUGAGCCACCAGGGUACAAGAAGAAUUCCUAUGGUGCGCACCCCUACUACAUGGCAUUGGAAGAGGACGGCAGUGCCCACGGAGUCCUCCUGCUCAACAGCAAUGCCAUGGAUGUGACUCUCCAGCCCACUCCUGCCGUGACGUACCGCACCACAGGAGGAAUUUUGGAUUUUUACAUAGUUUUGGGACCAACCCCUGAACUUGUCACUCAACAAUACACUGAGCUGAUUGGUCGGCCAGCUAUGACUCCAUACUGGGCCUUGGGAUUUCAGCUGAGUCGCUAUGGAUACCAGAAUGACAAUGAAAUCUCCAGUUUGUACGAUGCAAUGGUGGCAGCCCAGAUUCCCUAUGACGUUCAGCAUGUGGACAUCGAUUACAUGGACCGGAAGCUGGACUUCACUCUCAGCCCCAGCUUUCAGAACCUCAGUUUCCUGAUGGAGAAAAUGAAGAAAAGUGGCAUGAGAUUUAUUCUCAUUCUGGAUCCAGCCAUUUCUGGCAACGAGACCCAGUAUCCGGCAUUCACCAGAGGGCAGGAAAGCAAUGUGUUCAUCAAAUGGGCUAACAGCAGUGACCUUGUGUGGGGAAAGGCAUGGCCAGAGCUGCCCAAUGUAAAGGUGGAUGGAUCUCUUGACCAAGAGACUCAGGUUAAGCUGUACAGGGCGCACGUUGCUUUCCCCGACUUCUUGCGGAACAGCACAGCUGCCUGGUGGAAGAGAGAGAUAGAAGAGCUCUAUGCACACCCUCGGGAGCCAAGGAAGAGCCUGGAGUUUGAUGGACUGUGGCUCGAUAUGAAUGAACCAUCAAACUUUGUGGAUGGAUCUGUUGUGGGCUGCCACAGUGAUAUUCUCAACAACCCACCCUAUAUGCCAUACUUAGAAUCUAGGGACAGAGGCCUGAGCAGCAAGACCCUGUGCAUGGAGAGCGAGCAGAUCGUUCCAGACGGCUCCCGAGUGCGGCACUACGACGUCCACAGCCUGUAUGGCUGGUCCCAGACCAGACCCACCUACGAGGCCGUGCAGGAGGCCACAGGGCAGCGAGGCAUCGUCAUCACCCGCUCCACAUUCCCUUCUUCUGGGCGCUGGGCAGGACACUGGCUGGGAGACAACACAGCUGCCUGGGACCAGCUGAGGAAGUCCAUCAUUGGCAUGAUGGAGUUCAGUCUCUUUGGAAUACCUUAUACAGGGGCAGAUAUCUGUGGGUUCUUUGGAGAUGCGGAGUAUGAGAUGUGUGCUCGCUGGAUGCAGCUGGGGGCCUUUUACCCUUUCUCCAGGAACCACAACACCAUUGGGACCAGGAGACAAGACCCUGUGGCCUGGAAUUCAACUUUUGAGCUGUAUGCAAGGGAAGUCCUGCAGACCAGAUACACGCUGCUGCCUUAUCUCUACACGCUGAUGCACAAAGCGCAUGUGAAAGGCAGUACUGUCGUCCGACCUCUUCUCCACGAGUUUGCUGAUGACAACACAACAUGGGAAAUAGACCGGCAGUUCAUGUUAGGCCCUUCCAUCCUGAUCAGCCCUGCGCUGGAAAGCAACAUGGUUGAGAUCAGCGCUUAUCUUCCCCGAGGGCGGUGGUAUGACUACAGCACGGAAUCUGGCCGUGAAUCUACAGGCGAGUGGGAAAAGCUCAGGGCUCCCUUAGACCACAUCAACCUUCAUGUGCGGGGAGGCCACAUCCUCCCUUGGCAAGAGCCUGCAAUGAACACUCACCUCAGCCGGCAGAAUUUUAUGGGAUUGACUGUGGCUUUGGAUGAGAACGGGAAGGCUGAAGGCCACAUGUUCUGGGAUGAUGGACAAAGCAUUGAUACCUAUGAAAAGGGAAACUAUUUCUUAGCCAGCUUUACAGCAACUCAGAAUAACUUACAAAUCCAUGUCAUUCACAACAAGUAUCUGAGUAAUUUGAAUCCACUGAAAGUUGGCUAUAUCAAAAUCUGGGGAGUGAACUCUGCUUAUGUGACACAAGUCAAUGUCACCUAUGACAGCCAGCAAUUCAUGGAGACCAGCUUCCGAAGUGACCCUUAUAAGCAGACACUAACUAUUCAAUUGACCAACAAGAACAUCAGCUUGGAGAAACUAAUGGAGGUCAUUUGGGUUCAUGGUGAUCUACCAGUUCCCACGACCACAAUAAUGAACCCCCCUUCCAACCAUUCUUCCCCACCUACGACUACGAGUGAGUCCACCAGCACCGAGGAGAUCACCACCUCCACUACCACAGGCACUACCACAAGCAUUGGUACUAUACCCAUCUCAACCACCAUUCCCAGGAGCACGACUGACACCACAACUGGAACCACAGUUGCUGUCACACCCACGUUUUGGGCCACAAGUACCACUGAUGGUACAACGAGCACAACUGUUCCUGACAUAACCACCCUUCCUUCUACAAAUGCUGAUGUGUCUGUCACAACGCCACAAAGUCCAGCAAAUACCUUUGAUGUGACGCUGAACAGUACUAGUCUUCAUACAAGCACUCCUAUCUCGGCCAAUGCCAGUAUCACAGCUCCUGUCGCAACCUCAGCUUACAUAACACACAGUACUGAGGAAAUAGUAAUCAGUACUGUUCCAGGUACAACUACUUCUUUUAUAAAUGCUACCGCCAGUACUAGUCCUAGUACAAGCACUCCUAUCUCUGCAAACACCACGACCAAUGCUCUUAUCACAACCCCAGCUCACACAACAAAUACCACUGAGGUCCCAGUAAACAGUACUGUGUCAGGUACAACUACCCCUUCUUCUACAAAUGCUACUGCCAGUACUAGUCUUGAUACAAGUCCUCUUAUCUUUGCAAGUACUGCUGCUAAUGCCAGCAUCACAGCUCCUGUCCCAACCCCAUCUAACACAACAAACACUACUGAGGUCACAGUAAUCAGUACAAUUCCAGGUACAACUACUUCUUAUUUGAUAAAUGCUACUGCCAGUACUAGUAUUAGCACAACUACUCCUAUCUUUACAAGCAAUACCGACAACACUGGUGUCACAACUCCUAUCACAACUCCAGUUCACACAACAAACACUACUGAGGCCCCAAUGAACAACACUGUGUUAGGCACAACUACCACUUCUAUAAAUGCUACUGCCAGUACUAGUAUUGAUACAACUACUCCUAUCUUUACAAGCAAUACUGACAACACUGGUGUCACAGCUCCUAUCACAAUUCCAACUCACACAACAAACACCACUGAGGUCACAGUGAACAGCACUGUUCUAAGUACAAUUACCCCUUCUUCUAUAAAUCCAACUGCCAGUACUAGUCCUGGUACAAGCACUCCUUUCUCUGCCAAGACAACCGUCAAUGCUGGUGUCACAGCUUCUAUCACAAUCCCAACUCACAUAACAAACGCUACUGAGGUCCCAGUGAACAGUACUGUUCUAGGCACCACUACCCCUUCUUCUACUAAUGUGACUGCUGGUAUUAGUAUUGAUACAACUACUCCUAUCUCUACAAGCAAUACCGCCAACACUGGCAUCACAGCUCCUAUUACAGUCCCACCUCACACAACAAACACUACUGAGGCCACAGUGAACACUAUUGAUUCAGUUACAAUUACUCCUUCUUUGACAAAUGCUACUGCCAGUAUUAGUAUUAGUACAACUACUCCUAUCUUUACAAGCAAUACUGACAACACUGGUGUCACAGCUCCUAUCACAAUCCCAACUCACACAACAAACAUUACUGAGGCCAAAGUGAACACUACUGAUUCAGUUACAACUACCACUUCUAUAAAUGCUACUGCCAGUACUAGUCUAACUACAAGUACUCCUAUCUCUGCCAACACCACAGCCAGUGCUGGUGUCACAGUUCUUAUCACAACCAUAGCUCACACAACAAAUGCUACUGAGGUCCCAGUGAACAGCACUGUUCUAGAUACAAUUACCCCUUCUAUAAAUCCAACUGCUAGUACUAGUCCUGGUGCAAGCACUCCUUUCUCUGCAAAUACCACCACCAAUGCUGGUUUCACAGCUCCUAUCACCACCCUGGCUUACACAACGGACACUACUGAGGUCCCAGUAAACAAUACUGUUCGACGUACAACUACCCCUUCUUCUGUAAAUACUACUGCCAGUACUAGUGUUGGUACAAGCACUCCUGUCUCUGCAGGCACUACUGCCAAUGCCAAUGUCACAGCUCCUGUGACAACCCCAGCUUACGUAACAAACUCUACUGAGGUCACAGUAAUCAGUACUAUUCCAGGUACAACUACUCCUUAUUUUAUAAAUGCUACUGUCAGUACUAGUAUUGGUACAAGCACUCCUAUCUCUACAAACACCUCUUCCAACACUGGUGUCACAGCUCUUAUCACAACCCCAGCGCACACAACAAACACUACUGAGGUCCCACUGAAUGGUAGUACUGUGUCAGGAACAACUACCUCUUCUUCAGUAAAUGCUACUGCCAGUACUAGUAUUGGCACACGUACUCUUAUCUCUGCAAGUACUACUGCCAGUGCUAUUGUCACUGCUCCUAUCACAAUCCCACUUCACACAAACACUACUGAGGUCACAGUGAACAGUACUGUUCUAGGUGUACCUACCCCUUCUGUCAAUGCUACUGCCAGUGCUAGUCUUGGUACAAGCACUCUUAUUGCUUCAAGCACUACUGCCAAUACUAGUGUCACAGCCCCCACCACAAUCCCAGUUCAUACAACAAACAUGACGGAGGUCACAGUGAACACUACUGCUUCACGUACAACCACCCCUCCUUCUGCAAAUGCUACUGCAGUACUAGUCCAAUAA